AUGGUUGAUCAAGGCUUUGUCCAUGGUAUGAUUCUGACGGGGUGGAAAUCAUCUUCGUGUGACGCAUGUCAUGUUGGCAAACAGCGGCACCAACGUCGAAACAAGAAGAAAGAGCACGAUAUCACAGGUCUCAAUCAAGUUGUGUAUGCUGAUCUUCUUUUUCCAUCGAGAAAUAAUGGCACCAAGUAUACGGCAAUUCUCGUUAUUAUGGACGGUUAUUCGCGAUACUUGACAGCACAUCUUCUGGCAAAGAAGGACGCAGAAACGGUGAAUGAGUUGAUGAAAAACUACGUCAAUUGGGCCGAGCGGCAAGCUGGACGAAGCAUCAAGAAGAUUGUGCAUCGUAGUUGGCAUAUCAUGGAAGGACAUCGCACGUUACCGGUGAAGAUUAUUCUGACGGACAAAGGUGGUGAGUUUGUAAACCACGAUAUCGAUGCAUGGUAUAACGCACGAGGAAUUCAGCAUGUGCAGGUUGGACCAAAAAGUUCUCACAUGAAUCCCGUGGAGAGACAACACCAGUCGCUAAGUGACAUGACGAAGACGAUGCUUCGAGACUCUGGUUUUUCACCCCAGUUAUGGCCAGAUGCUUUUGAAUAUGCUGUAUACCUCAAAAAUCGCGUUUACAACAAGGCGGCGAACUGCACACCGCACGAACGCAUGUUUGGUGUCAAACCAGAUCUUCAUCAUAUUCGCGUGUUUGGGGCAUUCGCGUAUGUUCACGUGCCAAAGGGUCCAGAUCGACCACGACCCAAGGAAAAUGCGACGAUCGGGUUUGUACUGGGUCUCCGGGACGAACAGGUGGGGUACCAAAUUUAUUUCCCUUACGAACAUACCCGCAAGUGGGCUGCAGACGUAGUCAUUGAUGAGUCUAUUGUCUACCGUGAUCGCAAUCGGUGCACCACCUAUGUGCCUCUCCUGGAUCGCCUUCGUUUUUCUCCCCACGACGGCGACGCUCGAUCUGCCCCAGCGUCUGUUGCUGCUGAUACUUUCUCUCCAGUUUUUGCAGAUAACGAGGCGUCCGGUGUCGACGCAUCCGUCACGGGCGAUGCCACUUAUGAUAUUCUUGGCACCGAGGCGACGGAUGGGAUGGUCGACGGUGACGACGGUGACUACGGUGGUUCUGCCCGAGACAUCCGUCGUGAUGAAAUGGAUAGUGCGUAUCACGACGAUGAUGAUGUUAGUGGUGACUCCGAUACUGAUUUUGAUGGAGUGAUGAUUUAG